AUGGGCAGCUGCAGCACCAAGCUGCGUAAUAUUUUCCAGAUGGCGCAAAAGCCUGAGGGCCCUCUGGGCAAAAACACAUAUCGCCACCAAAGUUCACAUUCUCAGUCGCCAAAGGCGCCAAAAAGUACUGUUGAAGCUCGCGACAACGGGUUGUGCGGCGCACGGCUGGACAGCCCAGGGCCGCAAAACCCGUCCACAGCUGCGGCCGCUGCUGCGCCUUUGCACCCUCCCAGCGAUUUCUACUGCAGCUCUGGGAUUGAGCAAUUGAGUGCCACACGUAGUAGGUCUGUGGAGCGCCACAAGUCUCCGACUCCGACCAUGUACGACGAUCCGGCGGCGCAGCAACGACGGCAGGAUUGUGUGCCGAAGCAUCAUUCGGACCUGUCGGCGGACGCUAUUUCCUUGCAUCAUCCGCUCAUAUCCAGGAAUGCAGGCCUUCAGCAGCCGCAUUCGGCCACGCAGGCUGCUGCUGCUGCUGCUACGGCGACGGCGGCGGCGGCGGCCUCCGCCGUACUUGGUGCCACCUCGUCCCUCCAGGGAGAUGAGCGCGAGCGCGUUUGCACUGCUGCAAUCGGAGAGCAGUUCGCGGCGGCUGUGGGGGCGGGGGUCUCCGGAGAACCUUCCAUGGCCCAGCGCCAUCGAGGCUCAACAGCCGUGAUAUCCCGGGGCAGCAUCGGGGUGUUCGAGGGCACGGCGGGAGGGUCGGCCGGAGGUGGCACGGCGGACGUGUAUGCGCCGUACAUCCCAUCCUGGCAGCUUCCUGUUGCCACAGCAGGAGCAGCAGUACCCGGGCAAAGAGAAGCAGUGGCUGGUGAUACCCAGCUCGCGGCGUUGCAGGCGCGAGGCAGUCUUGCACUGUUGGCUAGUGGCGGCUCAGUCGCCGGGGUUGGGAGGUGUACGGACAUGGGCGUCAGCGCGUCGCCUCCAGAAGGGCAGCGCCCGCAAUCACCGCCGCCGCCGCCGCUAGUGAAGCUAGAGGACGAACUCGAAUUGCGUUCGCAGCCGUGCAUCGCAGACGAGUCAUCUGGUGCCGGUCAUCUGGCAGCCAGUGGGACGGUACCACAGGCCCACGGGUCACAAUACGCCACUACUGGGACACAGCCGCGGCCAAUCCAGACGUCGCCGCCUCCGAGUGUGCUCGCCGCCCGGGACUUCCGAGGUCUUGUGCCGUCGCCGGCGGCACUGAGCAUUCCCGGCACCUUGGUAACCGAUCUGUACGAGCAGGAUCGGGUUAACGGCGGUGCUGUACAAUCGCUGCCGUCGGUGCCGGCGCCGCCGCCGCCGGCGAUCAUGCAACAGCCAGAGUUCCUGUCCGGAGGCCGCAAGGCCGGAAAUGCGUCAGAUUCCCCGCACGACUCGGCCCACUACCAUACGCCAAGUCAGCAGGCAGGUUCUGGACCCCAUCGUGUCGUCGAAAUGGGUGGUCCUGAGGGCGAUCUGGCGGCGGCGGCAGACCGCCUUACAGCUGGGCUGACCGGCGACGGCAUCGUACAUGUCGUACAUGCCGCCGCCGUCGCGGCCCUGAGCAGUCUGUCGGUGCCGUCGGCAGCCGCGCCGGCGUGGCAAUACGCAGCUGGUGCAGUGGGCGCUGCGUCACCGUCGGGUCCGUUCACUUCGCAACCGCCGGGGGGGAUGCCGGUGUCGGCAGGCCACCCGGGGCUCGAGUCCCCGCGAGCCCAGGUCCGGAAGCUCCAGGAUAUCGAGAAGCGGCUUCGCCAAAUGGAAGCGGAUCUCUCAGCCGCCAAUCGGCAGACCCAGACGGCACAGCGGGAUAAGCUUAGGGUCAUCGAGAAUUGCGACCAAUUGGAGGAUCACGUGCGUCAGCUAAAGGACCUGGUGAGGAAUCAGGAGCAGCAGAUUACGCAGCUCCGGAACCAGUCGACUCGUGUAACGGCUUCGGAGCGGAGGUUGCAGGGCGAAGUGCAACUGCUGCAGCGGCAAAACCAGGAAAUAAGAUCUCAGCACACCAGUGUACUUCGCAAGUUGCACGCCGUACAGCAGGAAGUGACCGCACUCCUGGACGAGCGGGACGAGCUGCAGGAGCGAUGCAGCGAGCUGACCGGCAAUGUGGAUGACCUCCAUGUACAGCUGUCCCUUCUGGAGCAUCAGCUGAAACAACAGGAGGAGGAGGAGCGGGGGAGGAUGGGCUCAGCUGUACAAAAAGGGGGAGGGGGGGCUAUAGGCGGCGGCGGCGGCGGUGGCGGUAGUUUCCAACUGAACCGCCCCGACCUAGGUUACCGCGCGCCAACAGCGCCGCCACCGCCGGUUCUUUGGCUCGAUGCAUCACGUCUGCGGGUGGGGGCAGAUCAGGAAAUUGGUUUCGGAGUUUCGGAGCUGAAGAAGCACCUGUACGAUCUUGCUUUGAACCUGGAAGAUAUGGUCACUAUGCAGGUACAGAUACCUCGCGGCGAUGUCCGCGGCCGCCUAAUCGGCCACCAGCUCCUGCUCUGGCUGCUGCGGGAACUUUGGUCCGACACUACCGGACUGAUCUGCCGCGCGGGGCUAGGACAGGGCGCGCUUCGGGUACGGCAUGGUACGGCGACGGCGACGGCGGCGGUGCCAUCGCAGAGAGGCGACCCACGGGUCAUUGCGGAGUCCGCUCCUGGGUCCUGGCACUUGGGGCCGCUGCCACUGCUUCCCGAGGAGCGGAACCUGCAGUCGCUGCUCCGAAGCCACGCCGCCAGGCGAUGGUAUGACGUCGUACGGGACGUGGCGGCUCAGGAGCAGGCGAGUACGGCAAGCGGCGGGAGCGGUCCCGUGCAGUUGAGGCUUAACGGUGGCGGCAACGGGAACACGGCUGUCGCAACGGAGGCGGAGGCGGCUGUACGUCACGUUGUGGACUUCGUUGCAUCAAGUCUUCAAGAUGUCGUGACGGAGGCGGCGAAGGGGCUGUGCGGGGUACGGCAGCCGCUGCAGGCGCCGUCGACGGCAGCAGCAGUUCGCAUCUUGCGGGUCCUGUCGUACAAUGCUGUCCUGGUUGGUCUAUUCGUGCCCGCGGCGCAUCCCUUGCUGCGGCUGGCGGUAUCGCCGGCGGCGGACCCGGCGGCGGCGGCGGCCGCAGCUGCUGCCACCGUCAGCGCCGCCGCUGCCGCCAGUUCCGUAGGGCUUAGGGCGUGUCCGAAGAUUGCAAACGACCAGUCCUCCACAGGGAUUGAGAACGGGGCUCGUUUUGACCCGAGCUUUCAAAUCAAUGCAAAAAUGCUUUCCCUUUCCCUGCCGCCACCGCCGCCGCCACCGCCGCAGCCGCAGCCGCCGCACCAGCAGCAGCUCCUCAGUAGCCAUGGCCGGCCCAGCGAGGCCCAGGAUCACGCGGCAAGGCAGCCACACGUGCUGUGCUGCGUAAAGCCCGGCGCAGUGUACGACGACGUGAUGGCGGGUCGCGCUGUCUGUGCGGUUCAGGAGGAAGUGCUGACGUGGACGAGCGCGCCUCCGACCGCUGUAACGGCUGCCGUACCAGCGACAGCAGCAGCCGCAUCAAACGCGGAGCUGCUUAGUACUCAGCAGGCGGCGGCUGAGGGCAAGGUAGCUGUCGUGGCAAAUAUGGCGGUCACAAGCGUGUGUGCCGGCGGCAGCGAGGCUACGGGAGAAGCAUCAGUAGCAUCAGUAACAGAAGUAAAAAUGGCGGCGCGGAAGACAGUGAUUAAGACGGGUGUCGGAAAGCACCCAGCGGCAGCGGUUGACAGCAGUCAGACAGGCGUGGACGAAACCGGAGCGGCGGCGGCGGCGGCGGCAGCGGCGGCGUCCUCGACGGUGGACGCCAAGCCGCCGUCGCCGUCGUCGUCAUUGAUGGCAGUCUCGGCUGGCGGCGGCGGCAGGCAGCCAGCAGCUGCUACAGCCCCGACAGCGGCGCCGACACGGGGUGCAGCAGGCGGUGCUGCCGACGAGAAAGCGGCCCAUGCGCUUUCGCACGUGAACGACCUGUCGACAGCGGGUACGGCAACCGCGGCACUGGUUUCGGCUCAGAGGGCCCCGACAGCCGCGUCUCUUUCACAGAUGGGGCCCACGACGACGCGGCCGGCGGCCUCCGCCGCGCCUGCCACAGCAGCGGCAACGCCCACCACCACCACCACUACCACCACCAUUACCACCACCACCACCAUCGCGUAUAAUGCCCCUGCAAACCAGCAGUUCGUCACACUGGCACAGGUCCCGCAGCCUAACGUCCCGGACUCCCAGACCGCCAAGCCCGGAGGCGAGUCACCGGGGUCACCGGGGGCGCCUCCUCCCGCUACUGCGACACAGCCCCCAGCGCCGCCGCACACGCCGCCUCGAACCAGCAAGCAAGCUGAGAACAGGUCCGGACCUUCCGGAGUCCCGCCGCCGUCGGCCCCGCCGCCGCCACCGCUGCCGCCGCCGUCGCCGCCAGCGGUGUAUGUGUCACCAGGGACCACUGCCGCCACCGCCAAUAUCCCCGCCGGCAGCCAUUCUGGGCCUGCGAUGCGGAGUUAUGCCACCGUCGCGGCUGCUGCCCCUGCCAAGCCCACGGCGGGCCGGAUGCCGUCGCCGUCGUCGUCGUCGUCGUCGUCGCCUUCGGGCACCGCAUGCCCGGCAGCCCCGCCGCCAGGGAACACCUCUACGGGCGCCGCGACUGCUGCUGUGCACGCGCAGCAGGGGCGAUGCGGGCUCGCGUCCUUUAUAACCAACACCACCAACACCACCAACACCACCACCACCACCACCACCACCAACAACAACAACAAAAGUGACAGCUAUGCCAGCAUUGCCAAGCGUAACCUGGACGACGGGCAGGCUGCCGAUCGACAGAUUGGCUACUCUGAUGAGGGUUCACAACGCCGAAUCCCAGUUGCGAGCCCGGGGGGAAAAUUGCCUUGCAAUGUACAGCAAGACGGUUGCGGUUCGGCGUCGUUUUCCGACCUUCUGGCCUUCGGGGUUACCAGCAGCGAUCUCAACAUCCCUUGCAGUUCGACCACGAGCAGCUGGGACAGCAAGCACGACUUCGUUGGACUUUCGCUGGCCAGCCUUCCCGACCUCGUGGUUCGGCCUUCGCACUACCUCACAAUCCUGAACUGCGACGGAUAUUACCUGCAACAAGAAACAGCACGGUCGCCUGACGAAUGCCGCCAUCAUGGCAGCGACGCUGCCGCGACAGCCCUGGAGCUCGAAGCCGCGCGCCAAGCAAGCCAAUCCAAAGAGCCGGCUGACAGCCUAAACACCACCUCCCAACCCACAUCUCAAGAGCGCGCAAUCAACGAGCGGGUCCUAGCUGUCAGGGCACUUUGCGGUGGAUUCAGUUCCCAGCAGCAAGACCUGGCCAUCCCACGUACAGCUCGCCAUUUCCCUACUGUUGUAGCUACUGAUUCCGUACACGGUAACGAAGCGGUUUCGGAGCCGACUGCUUUGGCUAGUACAUCAGCCGUCCGGCAGCAAAUCAGGCCCAUGUCAGAUACCGGCUUCCCAGAGGCACCCUCCUGCACUACUGUGACUGAGCGGCUGUGCCUGAGAGCUAACUCACCUCACCAGCCGGUCCCAACGCCUCCGAAGGUCCCGCCGCAUUGUCGGGAGGCCGACUCGCUCGGAGCAACCUCACGGCGGGGGUUAUCCUCGGGCCAGCUGACCAGCUUUGGCGUCUGUUCCGGCCCCUCCUCGUCCCUGCCGUCACAAGGAGUAUCGUCCUCAUAUCGUACAAGUUCCGUGCCGUACACAGGCUCCGCAGCCGUUGGAACAGCUACAGCAGCAACAGCAAUAGAUGAGAGGUCGCGCUUCGUGAGGUGCAAGUGCGACGAAGCGCUGGCACUGCCUGAUCAGCUGCCGGACGAUUCCGUACACGGCGGCAGGCCCCGUCAUCCCUCCCGGGACGCCACCAUGCAGCCGUCCGACGGCCCGCCGUUGCUUGCAUUGGCCGAGGCCGAAUCAGCCGCCCAUAACCGCCCAAUAUUAGAUCCCUCAGCAUCGGUGCUGCCUACCGCGCCCGUUACGGUCUGCUUCGGUGCUGUUACGUCGUCGGCGGGAUCUGUCGUCUUGCCUGGCAUGCUGGCCGGGGACAGGGGAAAGCGGCGGGGGGCGGAGGCAGCGGCCCCGGGGCACGCUGCACAGCAACUGCUAGGGGAUCUGCAUAUGCAGUUGCGGCCGUUGUGUAUGGCGGCCAUUUGGUUGUUACUGUUGGCGCUGGCACUACCUAGACUGGUGUGGGGAUAUCUGGCUGUGCCCCUCGCCCACCCCCUUGUCAGGAUUGUGGCUGCGAGGCUUCAAAAGGGGUCUUUGGCGCAGUUCGUGUGGCUGGGCUCUGAGGAGCCUAGAGGCUAUCUACAAAGCGACUCAGGCAAUGUGACAUGCUCUGUUUCCUAA